GAUCCUCAACUAACCUCCACCAGUCAUGGCAUCAAAUGGUGGACUGGAAGAUAUCAAUCAGACUACAAUUUAUAUCCCAUACCAGGAGGAAGAUGAACAGGAUGACUGCGAUUCAUAUACCUUGUUUCCAGAGCGGGACCUCCCUAACGGUUAUGAACUACGUUUGGCAGCCUACCGGGCAGCUUGGCUCAAAUGCCUAGGCAGAAUACAGGACCUAACCCGAGCCCUGCACGCCCCCGUGAUAGAAAAAGUCUCGGAACUAGUCAAUAAGUCGUAUAUCGACCUCUUGCCUGGCUUGCCGUACGCAGAACUUCCUGUCAUAUCAGUAUCAACGAACGGUGCCUCCUUGUUCUUGGAUGAGAUCACGUCCCAACUAGAAGGGCGUGAUGACGACGCCCUCUUCGGAGAUGUCAAUAGUGGUCAUCUGGUCACGCAUAUAUUUCCAAGCGACUGUCCGAAUAUCUCUUCUGCUAUGAAGACCCUUGUAACGGGCUUUAUCACAAAAUAUGAGCAAGAACUAGGUUCCGGCAAACGCAAACCGGGAACUUCGCUCAGCACAAUGGACCUCAAUCUGUUGCAAGCGUGGUUUGACGCGCUGCUCAGAGCAAGGGACAUUAACGAGAACGAAAUUCGUCUGGUGGUCGUUUUGCACGAUUUUGAGCAGUUCGAACCAGCCGUGGUUCAGGACCUAUUUGAGAUUUGCAGUCUUGCAAUACCUCGGUUACCAUUGGUAUUCGUUUUAUUAUUGUCUUCGCCUCCAUCACCCUCCUACAUCCAUCUGACUUACCCUCGACGUACGCUGUCUCUGUUGCAAAUCCGAACCUGUGUCUUCCCUUGGAGCAACGAUAUUUUGCACGAGAUACUGCUGAAGACGUUUUUUGACGUGGAUUUCGAACCAGAGCUGAUGAUUGGACCAGCUCAAAUUGAUUUCCUCGUCGAUUUCUUUGAGAGACACUCGGCCUCACUCGAUAGUCUUGUAUCGAUCUUGCAGCUCAUACAUAUGAAGCAUUUUGAGGAGCCGCUGACCGUUUUUCUUCACAACGAACAACUUGGAUCAUCGGAUGCUGGAAACGGCGUUCUUGGUGAACCCGCAUCAUUCGGUUUCCUCGACGCCCUUUUUACCCGUGUUCAUAGUACGCAGGACGCCAAUGGCCGACGGGAGUGGUUAAAUACAUCAUUUGACGGUCUACUAUCAGCUGUUCAGACAGCGCGAAAAACCUUCCGAUCUCGUGUAAGGCUGUUACGAGUAGCGUUCCAAGUGAUCCUCUUGAUUCGUACGUUUAUGAUCGCGGAAGGCUAUAAGAUCGAGGCAACGCUCCCCGAAUUGAUGUGUGGUGCCAUCCGUGGGCGAAUCCAGAACGUUAUGAAGUACCUGUGUACCAUGGUGAAAAAGCUCCGGAAGGAACAACUCAACAAACUAUUGCCAGAGUUGCGCAAUUUUCUUGCCGGUCUACCAGAUAGUGUGCGAGAGACCGAGAAGGCUGUAACAUCGCGGAUCGAUACGGCGUUCUCUGCGAGAGACGACGAAGCUCAUGUUGUGGCCGGACUGCUCUCGGAGUGGCUUCUGGCAUAUUUUGAAGAGAGAAUCGUCUCCCUCGAGGACACACCAUUGUGGGAUAUUUGGUACACUGGGUCAACGCCUUUCCCAAAUGACUUGUUUAAUCCCUCUGUCCGAGCCUCCAUCCUCGCUGGCUUGCUCCAUCCCCAAGCGUUCAGUGCGUCCGCUGCAGCCAAUGGACAGAGCGCUCACAAUAACACUGAAAGCGAUGGCGAGGACGAAGACGACCCCUUGCUGCACAUGCCAGACACGAGUAUCCUAUUCCAGCGGUACCUCGACAGCGGCAAGAUGAUCAAUGUGUACGACUGGUUCGAAUCCUUUGCGGUUGUCCUUGAGGAACAAAAACGUCAUCACCAACGGACGCAAUCCUGCAAUCUGCUUGAGCGCAAUGGGAGACCUUCCACACCACGUACCCCACGUACCCCACGUACCCCACGUACCCCCCGGACACCUUCGCGUCAUAACUGUAGUGGAAAGGGACGUCAGCGGAAAGAGCAGGACAGCGACGAUCCUCCCGAACAGCAGGCGGAGGAGGAAACCGAAGAACAAAUGGAGAAUUGGAGGUUGGAGGCUCAGGCUCGGUUCAUUCGUGCGUUGCACGAACUCGAUUAUAUCGGGUUCAUCAGACAUACGGGCAGGAGGGCCGAGCAUGUUAUGCGCACCGUGUUUGACGCACCGAUAUUGGAGUAACGUGUCUGUUGUUGCUUUUCUCGCUAUAAGGUACAUACAUAUAGAAAUGUUUUUACUUUUCAGAGUCACCUGUAGAAUUUGGAGGCUUGAUGCCUGAUUGAACAAUGCCACGACGUGCAUUAUUAUCAGUACUGUCGUUCAAUAAACUCGGACCUUUGGCCGGAAUUCAAUAUAUGUAUUUAUCCA